AUGCCCAAACCUCUCUGCAGCCUAUGCCCAAGACCGUCAGUGAUCAAUGCCCUUUACCGAUGCUCUUCGUCGAUAGUCCCAGCUGCUCCCUCUACUUUGCACCGAACACAUGCCCAAAAUUAUAUAAUUUCGGCCCCGUUCAUACCGCGGCGCUCUCUUGCUCGAUUGCGACCUGAGCGCGACACAGACUCGGAGCUAUGGACAACUGCCACACAGCCUACAUUAAUAUCCCGGAGUGAUUCAAGGGCAACAAGCGGAGGAAGAGAGGAUGAAAAUCACAAGCCCCUGGAUGAGCGGAUCCUUAAGCUUGGGAAGACUCUUCGUACCCUCACUACCCACCUACCAACUCUCCUACUUCACCCAAUUCCUCAGGAAAUCCUUUCGCCAAAUAUAAGUCUUCAUCUUUUUCCAUCAACCCAUCCUCACCUACCCACCGUCAAGGGCCGUGUUGCCUACCGUGCGGCGCUGUGGACCGCCCCGGUGGCAUGGGGCAGUGUUCCGAUUGUUGGAAAUGUUCGAUUGCAAAUUAUCAGCGAACGCAUGGUACGUGGAGGGGCAAUGUGCGAAUUUGAUCGCGAUGACUCCUACGGUGACGAGAAGCUGGUUGUGCGCUGGGUGACGGAAGACGGCUCUUCAAACCCAUCGUCAGGAUCAAAAAAUAGAGUAGUGACCAAAAGUGACUUGUCAUCUAUGUCUAGGGGUGAAUGUAAAGGUUCGGGAAGCAGUGCUGUAUCAUCAGCAUCGUCAUCGUCUAACGGGGCAAACAGGGGAUUGAGUGCCUUGCUAGGCGGUGAUGUGCCAAUUUUCAAGCUUGGAAAAGAAGAACAAUUUACAGGAUUGUUUAUAUUUUCUUUCGACGAGGAAGGCCGUAUAGCUACACAUACCAUUGAGCAUGCAGAUGAGAAUUCCGGCUGGGAUAGAACUGCUAAGGUCGUUACGUUGACGGAUUGGCUGCUAGGAAAAGCCAAAUGGGGCUCUAGAGAGCCAUCGAAUCCCGCACCUGCAUUUGUGGUCGAAAUACCACCGAUGAAUGCGUGUGAGAGAUUAAGAUUGAACAAAGCUGCACAGCUUCCUAGUGAUCGGCUACCCAGUGAGUGUGCAACUUGUGAUGACAAGAAAUGUUGGUCAGCAUGA